GAUACGUUUAAAUUAGAGAAAAAAAGGAUACUUUUAUUAAUUAAAAAAAAAAAGAUAGAAUAUAUAUAUCAUAUCAUAUUUCAAAAAAAAAAUAUUCAUAUUUAAAGAAAGAAUAAUAGAAAUUGUAAAAAUUUCACGUUUUCAUUUCUUAUCAGUAUUAGACAAGUUUCCUGGUAAUCUAUUAUUGAUCAUUAUAUUCUACGGAUAACCGUGUCUUCAUGCAUUUAUUUUUAGAAAUGAAUUCGAUUUGAGUUCACUCCGUUAUAUAUGAACAUAGAUGCAUAGACACGUAGGCGCAUACACACACGCACAUACACGGUAGAUACAUCUCUCUGUUGUUUUCUUGAAUCGAAAUGUCUCAACGUUUCUACGAGGUAACCUAACGCUCAGCGUUCUCGAAGAUGACGUAAAAGAAAGUUCUGGUUCGUAUCUCGCUUCGUAAGGCACCGAGCUGUUUCGUCGACGAUGGAAAAAUUCAUAGAGGAUUGCUUGGACGCACACAAUCGUUACCGAGCCAUUCAUGGAUCUGAACCACUUCAAAUUGAACCGAAGCUGAACAAAUAUGCUAACGUAUGGGCGACUUAUUUGGCGAAAAAAGGUGACCCUACUCGAAGAAAAACUCUACACUACGGAGAGAAUGUAUACAUUGCUUUCUUUGGGGACGUUAGUCGUUCCGGACCCGUCGUCGAAGCUGUUGACUCUUGGUAUCAGGAAAGUAAAUAUUACGGAUACGAAGAAGAAUCUAAAGCAAAUUUAAAGACGGUACGUCAUUUUACGCAGCUGGUAUGGAAAGAAACGAAAUUUAUGGGAUUCGGAAUGGUCACUUCUCCAACCGGACAGAUCUAUAUUGUCUGCAACUACGAUCCUCCUGGCAACGUAGAAGAGAAAUUCGCUGAAAAUGUGUUACCACCGAAGGAAGAGGAGGAGAAAGAAGAGAGCCCUACGGAUUCGGAGGAAGAUCAACAAAUGAAAAUUGCAUACCUCGAGCCAAAUCUAAAAAUUAUAGACUCGAUGCUUCGUAUAUACGCUGUCCCAUCGGAGGAACUUCGAGUUUGGUCUAUUUGGUUGUCUCAGAUAAGCGAUGAAGCUGAGCUAUGGCAAAAAUGGUUGUGCUCACACGUAAAUCUUUUUCUACGAAUGGCAUCACGUUUGAAAAAAUUCGAAGAGGAGCAUAUCGCGGAACUAAAGACAUUGCAACCCGAGAUGGUCGAAGAAAUACGAAGGAUUUUCGCAUACGAGGAGGACGCCAUUGCCGACGACGGGAUCGAGUAUCCGGAAGGAGUCGAGGAUUUUUACGACAUCGAACAAGUGCUCGCAGACAUCGUAAGCGGUAAGGAAAAGUCAGUCGAGGAGAAAGAUGAAGGAGAAGAACGUGCACUCGAGGAAAGCGCAGAGUGGGAGGAGGAAAAAGAAAAACGUGCACUCGAGAAAAUCGAGGAGGGGGAUGAAGAGGAAGAAGAAGAGGAACGUGCACUCGAGGAAACCGAGGAGGGGGAAGCAGUGGAAGAAGAAACGGUGAAUGAGGAGGUGGUGAACGAAACUGAGGAAGGGGCGGAGGGGGAGAAAGGGGCAGAGGGAGAGGAGGGGGAGGAACGUUUGGGUGGAGGUGCGGACCAACCGGAGGAGACUACCAACGAGGAGGAUACUACAGAGGAAGUAAAGGAGGAAGAGGAGGUGAAGGAGACGGAGGAGGAGGAAGAAGAGAAAGAAAAGGAAGGGGAGGAGGAGGAGGAAAAAGAAAGCGAUGAAAUCGUCGAAAAGAAGGAUAAGGAUGAGAAAGUCGAUGAUGAUACGUCCGAGUAUCUGAAAGAGUGGCCUUUGGGAAUACAAUGGGAACCCCUUGGAAUUCAGAAAGAAAAGGAUCCUACGGAUAUUAUCGAAAGAUUAGAAUUACCGGAAACUGUCGAGGAGAUGCAAGAAAUGAUUAGAAAUUUUACGAUCCAAGCUACGAUCUAUCGAUCCUAUUUCAAACACUGGAUGGAAACUGGCGAGCAGGCGAUCAAAGAGAUGGUAGGUAGAACGAUCAUGUCUACGGCAAAAUUACGUAAUAUCUUGAAGGAUGAAAAGCCAGAGGCAAGUUUAAAACAGUGUUUGAACUAUCCGAGGGGCACACCUAGACGGAACUUGUGUUUUUCACCUCCUAUAAAACUUGCUCAAAUGACGGCUCUUGCGAAACGAAUCGGCACGGAAGAGUUUAUGAAAGAGAUGGCACGUGCGGAAGAGGAUAUACCGUAUUUUUUUUAUCGAAAAAUCGAUCCGGAUAUUGAGAUAGCAAUCAAGCACAAUGACGAGGAGGUUAUUCCAAUGGAUCCCGACAACGAAUUUAUCUUUGGUAAUUACGAAAGUCUUCGUUUCAACCUCACCGAUAAACCUGGAAAGGAUGGUAAAAUUUUUAUGGAUGAAGAAUAGAUUUAUUCCCUCGAUUCGAUUAAUCUCCGAUAAAUCAAACACACUUUACAUA